UGAUGCUUUCGUAGAAUAGUUCUGUGAUAUUUUCACUAUAUUUAAUAAACAUUCCAGUGAUAUCUACCCACACUUCAUAUCUAUAAUCCAUCCACGGUGUAAUUACACCGCCACAGUAAUGCUCAAAGUGAUCUUGUUUACGCUUCUUGCUCUUACCGGCAUUUGCCGUGGAGCGGAAACCAGCCUCGAGACUGUUAGUGAAGAUGAUCUCGUCAAGAAGUUCCACAGCCAUAACAACUUUAUCGUGCUGUUCUCCAAACCAAACUGUCCCGAUUGUGACAAGUUGGAGAGCAUUCUUUCCAAGCUGAAGCAAGAAAUUGAGGACAAUCUGCAGGCACAUUCUGUGAAGGCGGUAAGCAGCUCGAUGGCGCGACUGUACAGUCCCAGCAAGGAACCGGCGGUGGUGUACUUUCGCCACGGUGUUCCGCUGUUGUACGAUGGGCCGAUCGAGGAGGAUGCGCUGAUUGGCAAGCUGGUACAGAAUAAGGAUCCGAACGUGAAGGAACUUUCCGACGAAACGUUUGAACAUCUUACCCAAGCGUCCAGUGGUGCUACUACUGGGGAUUGGUUCAUUAUGUUCUAUACAACGAAUUGUGUCGACUGUCAGCGAUUAACGGCCGUGUGGGAAGCGGUGGCGGCUGAUCUAAAAACACGUAUGAAUGUUGCCCGUGUGCAAAAAGAUGGAACGGGAAGCGAAACGGCUAAUCGCUUUCAGGUUAAAAAAGUACCAGAUUUCAUUUUCUUGCGGCAGGGAAAAUACUAUCGCUACGAAAUUAGCAAGUACGACAUCAAAUCAUUUGUUACAUUCGCCCAGGAUUGGUACCGCAAUGCAAAGGCUGAACGAGUCCCGGUUCCACUGUCACCAUUCGAUAAUCUCGUGGAAUUGGCCGUAAAGUAUCUGAAGGACAUGCCCGAACUGUACGCCAAGCUGUACAAAGAUUAUCCUAUGCUGGUUUACGCAUUUGCCGCGGGAUUGUUGUUCAUUGUCAUUGGUUUUGCUCUGGCCAUCAUACUAGCUAUAGUGACGCGCUGCAAAGCAGCAUCACGAGCAAAGAAGGAAACGAUCAAAAAAGCAAAAUAGACG